UUUAAUUUAUUUUAUGAAACGUAAUAAUUGUAUUAAUAAGUAUAUUAUUCAAUUUGAAUAUAUUUUAUCUAAAAUAAAAAUUAAUAUUUAUUUAUUAAUACAAGAAAAUAAUAAAAAAUGACAGCAAUAUUAGGUGCUGGUAUAUCAGGCUUAUCAGCUGCAUAUUAUGCACUUGAAAAUACAAGAAUGGCUCCAUUAAUUAUAUUAGAAGCUUCAAAUCGUGUAGGUGGAUGGAUACGUUCUAUAAAACAAUCUGAUGGAACGAUUUUUGAAACAGGUCCACGAGUUAUGAGAGCCAAUACAUAUAAUGUAUUAAAUUUAAUAGAAGAAUUAGGAUUAUCAUCAAAAAUCAUUCCUAUUAAAGCUAAUCAUCCUGUUGCUAAAAAUAAAUAUAUUUAUGCAGAUAAUGUAUUACAUUGUUUACCUAAUAAUUUAAAAGGAAUUAUAACAAAAAACACAUUAUUAAAUCGUUCUUUAAGUAGUAUUCUAUGGAAUGACUUCAAAGCAAAGAAAAUUCUUACAGAUGAUGAAAGCAUAUACAGUUUUGUAGAAAGGAGAUUUGGCAAAGAUGUGUCUGAAAAAAUGAUUGCUCCAAUAUUAUGUGGAAUUUGUGGUGGUGAUAUACAUAAAUUAAGUGCAAGAUCAUUUAUGACAAAUUUAUUUGAAAUUGAGCAGAAAUAUGGUUCUGUAUUUAUGGGUCUUAUACAACAAAAAUUUUCAAACAUGUUAAAUAAUAAAAACAAAAACAAAAUUGAAUUGAAAAAUGAUAUUCAUACAAUAUUAAAAUUACAUAAUACACCUUCAAUUUUAGCACAAAGAGCUAAAAGAGAAGCAUGGAGCACAUGGGGUCUUGAAGGAGGUUUUGAACAAUUACCUCAAACACUAGCAGAAAAUAUAAUGAAACGUGGAGUAAAUAUAAAAAUAAAACAUAAAUGUGAAAAAAUCAUAUUUAAUAAAGAUUGUGUGGAAUUAAUUAUAAAUGGAAAAGUUGAAAAAUAUUCUAAUGUUAUAUCAAGUUUAUCUGCUAAAAGUUUAGCUAAUUUAAUACAAGAGCAACAUCCAAAACUAUCUAAAGAAUUACAUAGUAUACCUACAGUAACAAUAGCUGUAGUUAAUUUUCAAUUUUCUAAAAAUGUUUUACCUAUUGAAGCUUUUGGAGUUCUUAUUCCACCAAAAGAAGAAAUUCCAAUUCUGGGUAUAAUAUUUGAUUCAUGUGCCCUUCCUCAAAACUCCAAAAUGACAGUACUGACAGUAAUGAUGGGUGGAGCAUGGUUUGAAAAAUACUUUGGUAAAUGUUCAUCUGAAGAACAUUUAAAAAUGAUUGCAAUUAAAUAUGUAAAUAAACUUUUAUGCAUUAACGAAGAUCCCAAGAUAUGUAAUGUUUCCAUUCUGAAAGAUUGUAUUCCACAAUAUAUAAUUGGUCACGCACAACGGUUAACUCGUAUCCACGAUUAUAUCUCCGCGCAUAAAAUACCUUUGGGGCUGUGUGGUUCUUCAUACCACGGUGUAGGAGUCUCUCAUGUUAUUCUGUCAGCAAAAGAAGCUGUUUCUAGUAUUAAUCAAUAUAUGAUAUAAUUUAUAAUUUUCAAAUUCAAACUUGACAACAACCUUGACCAAUCAAAUAUAUUUUAAUUCUUUCUUUUGAUUUAAAAACAAAAUAAUAUACAUGCAAGAAAAUA